AUGAGUACGCAUCCCUCAACUACCUCGUUUGCUCCGCAACAUGCUGCCGAUAUGCUGGCCACCAUUAUCUCCCAGCUGCCAACCGUUCCCAGUGGUGAGCUAGAGGAUAGUCCACUUCCAACGGAUGACAAGGAAACGGUGGCCCGAUCUGCAUCGACCGCCGCUAUUCAGCAAUCGAAACGGUUGGCCAAGUUGAAACAGAAACUUGACCGACAGAACAACUUUAUGGUGGAGUUGAAACGGAAGAUCCGUGAGAAGGAAGGGAUGAAACCGAAGGCAGACUGUGAUCGGGAGGAGUUGGCGUUUCUGAAGAAUCGUUUAAAGAAGGAAGCCGAACUACAACACAAACUGCUUGCGGAUGUCAUUGCCGAGAUGCGACAGGAGGGUAACCAGUGGCAAUCGAUAGUACUCUGUCCGGACAAGCUCGAUGAGUACUGUGCUAAUCCUUGGACGAUAGGAGCAGUGACGGUGAAUGAAGAUAAGCGCUUCUCGAUCGAUUCUACCCUAUCGGCACUCAGCUCAGACGAACAAUUUGGAGAAACGGGUGCCUGUCCGGACGCGGAAAUAGCCAAACGUUUCGAGAAGGAACUGAUGAACCGUGAUCGUGUUAUUGAGAUUCUCCAGAGCCGGCUCGAUCGGCUCUCGGCUGAUGUGCACAAAGUGUGCAAAGACAAUGACACAAUCUUGGACCGAAAUCCGAAACCAAUCGCUCCAAUAACGCCACGAUUCUGCGAAACGGAUAUGAUGCAUCGGUUGGAGUUUUAUCGUACCAACACGGAAACGCUCGGGAAAAACCUCGAAGAGAUGGAAAAAGCGUUACACACCAUCCAGAACGAGUUAGGUCCGAUGAGCGAAACGGAGUGCCCAUUGAAGGCGUCAUGUUCGAAGCCUGUGCCUUCCGUGUGUAAGAGAUCGGUUUCCUGUCAGCAAACUUCCGAAGGAGACGAGAGACCAACGGUUUGCGUGCUGGGUGCUACAUCUUCACGACGCGAAACGGAGCCUUUAGUGUGUGGAAAGGAUGCAGCAGCACAGAAGCAGUACGCAAUGUUACUGACCGAGUACACGAAGAAGACCACGGAGUGUCGCCAUCUCUGUGAGCGUCUCGCAAAAGUACAGGCUGGCCCGGAUGAACCUUCGCCUGAGGAUACAGAGCGGGAACUGCUGAAGAAACGCUGCUCGGAGUUGUUGGACGAACAGGACGAGUUUAGGGUGCUGAUCCGCGAGCAAGCCAAUCAGUUGGAAGACUAUCGUGCCCGCUAUCUAGCGGCACAGCAGGAAGUGGAAGAGCAGCGGCUUCAGAUGGGAAAGCUGCAAGUCACAAAUCGUCGUGUGGAGAAGCAAAUCAACUGUGAGAUUGAACAGAUCAAGCGUAAGUUCCAGGACAAACUGCGCCAUCUCACACCCUAUCCACGGCUUUUGGAAGACGAGCAAGCCAACUCGGAAAAGUUGAAGCGAUCUAACGAAACCUUGUUUGCCGAGCUGGAACGAUCCUUAAAGCAGGUGAAGAUCCUAGAGGACCGUCUUCAACAGGUUCACGUUGCGAAAGAUGGCGAAGUGAAACAGGCGCUACAGCAAGCCCAAACCGAGCUCGAUCAGGUGCAGGAACGAUUGGAAGUGGUCCUAAAAGAAAAACACCUCGUAGAGGAGGAAGCACUCCGUUGGCAACGUGAGCUGGACGAGCUGCGGACCGAAAGUGCCAAGAUUAUUGAGCGUGCGAAUCAACGGGUCGAAAAGGAGCGGGAGGUGGCUCAGAAGAAGUACAGCCAGCUGGAAAGUGAGUUGGCUCAGUGCCGGGCGGAAGUAUCCUUUACGAUCGGGAACCGGGAGCAGGCGUUGAGGGAGAUGCACACCCAGAUCAAGAUACUGUCGGCGAGCUUUGACGAUGCGCAGCUGCAGAUCCGUUCGCUACGCAAUCAGCUGGCUUAUCUGCAGAACGAAAAGUUGGUGUGUUUGGCUUGA